CAAGACACAACGUGAAUGCCAUCAAUUGUUAUCAUAGCUCCGCAAUUUGAUCGCAACAAACACGAAAACUAUUCUGAAAUCGUUAAUUUUCGCAUUUAUUUCUCAAGUAAUUGAAUUAAUUCGAGUAAAAAGUGUAUUUACUAUAAGAAAUUAUAGCCUAACAUUAAAAACCAUCGAUUUGUCCGUGUUCUUCGCAUUGUUUCCUCUGAAAAUAUUGAUGAAAGACCCUCACUGAAAGAUGGAUCGUCGUAAGAAGACCGUCAGUCAAAAGCGACCACAAGAAGAAACGAACACACCGGCGAACAAACGCUUCAAGUCGUCCGAGGCCGUGUCUGCUGACACGAAAGCCACCACAAAUGAACAUUCAUCCAACAAAACGGCCCAACAGCCGAUGAAGAUCUAUUACACACGAUUGCAACGGCACAUGGAAGAGGAAGAAAAGCAGGCAAAGCUUGUUCCCGAGCCCAUCGUUUUCACCACAAAGCUGACAGACGUCAAUGCGGAUUGCCUCGAGCACAUUUUCAAGCGUCUAAGCCUCACAGAUCUCUUGAAUGUUGCCAACUCCAACAAACAGUUGAAACCGGCGGCGGAUUUGGCGUUCAAGAGCCAGUUUCGAAAACGAUCGAUAAAAAUCGAUAUGGAACGCAAGAUUGUGGGUUUCUCUGAGGAGGACACAGCCGAAAUUCUAUGGUCGUUUCGCUUCAAGUUGCUUCGCUGCUUUGGACACUUGAUUACAAAAUUGGAGAUUGCUUAUGUGCAUAAGCCAUCACAAGAAGAUCUGAAACGUGCCGCACACAUUGAUCGUUAUGUCAACGAAUACUGUGCCGAUUCUCUGGUUGAAAUCAGAUUUGAAGGAUGCAAAGCAAGCACACUGGAUAAUCUGACGAAGCCGUUCACACAAGUUGAAACACUUGGUUUUGUCGGUUGCGAAUUGGUAAGCAAGCUGUCGGAACUCGAUAAAUGGUUCCCAAAAGUGCGACGCUUGAAUUUUUUGCGUGCAAAUGAACUAUCGGGCUGCAACGACAUUGCUGUUCAUUUCCCCAAUCUUCUACAAUUGAGUCUGUUUCUUCCAUUCGAUGAAAUUUUCAUCGACAACAACCGCCUGAACGAGGAACAUUUUGCUGAGCUCUUGCGCCUAAACCCGAACGUACGAAGCUUGUUCAUUUAUGGCUACAUCGAUGCCAAAUUCUUUCAAAGCGUUAGCGAACAUCUCCAGCAUCUGGAAACUCUGACAAUCUGUGCAUUAGAUGAUGAUCACAUUUCGGAUUUCGGAAACGAUUCAGUGCACUUUCCAAGUGUGAAGAAGCUCUCAUUGAUAAAUGUGGUGUGUGAACGAUUUCCACUGACAUUCGACAAACUUGAAUGUUUGUUAGCCGUAUUGAUUGAUAUGGACGAGACAUUGACCAAUUUCAUCAGCGAGCACAAAACACUUACCAAGCUGAUUUAUUCGGGUAACGAACACGGCAAAGAAGGCGCACUUUUGAAGAUCGCAUCGCCAGCUUUAGUGGAAGUUGAUUUUGGAUAUUGUGCUUUCCCGCUUGACGAAGUGGUGACAUUCAUGGAAAAGUGCACAUCGCUGAAGAAGCUCUCACUUGGAUUCAAUGACGAAAAGGAUUACAAGGCGGUGCAAAAUCGAUUGAGUAAAGAAUGGCGUGGAACCAACAUGAAAAGCAUUUAUGAUGCAAUUGCUGUUACAAUGGAGCGCUAAUCGAUUUGAUCCUCACGAAAUCUUUAAUCCACUUGAUGUCAUCAAAAUGGAACCUUCUUCUGUUCCAGAGACCAAGUAAAAUUUGAGAAAAAUAAAAAAAUGAAAUUUUAUACCAAUCUGAAUUGGUAAUCACCAGAAGUCCAACGCCACUAUUCAUAUUACGUCGGUUUCCGCUCAUUUUUGGAACAAUUUAUUGGAAACUCAAACUGAAGUUUGCUCAAGAUACAUAUACUCAAAUAAAUUAGCUUUGAGGCAACAAACUGAAAGCUCAUUUAAACAAAUAAGAAACAUACAAUUUUGUGUAAUAAAAAUGUAAUCGAUUGGCAAAAAAA